CCUUUCUUCCCCCGAGCGUGUCUCCGGCUCCCUAGUCGAAGGAUGUCUGUUAAUGACACCUGCAAGUUCCCAUCUCUGCGAUAAACCGGCUCUGUCUGAGCGCCUGAAGAGGUGAGCGUUCCGAAGUCCUUUCUCAACUGCAGCGCACUUAGCGGGGGGAACUUAAGCCGAAAGAUCCUGCUGGAUUCCCAGACGGGUAGGCGGCCUGGCUGGAGCUUUUCUGCCAUCAGACCCCUACCUUUAGUUUGCCUCUUUCUCUCUCUAUCUCCAAAAGAGGGAUUAAUUAAACGGGCUACAGCUGAAGGAGGCUGCGGUGACGAGCCCAGUGGCGAUUGGCCGCCCGCCUGCCUGGCCCUGCCUUUAUAAUUUCCACACGAGUGCAUCUGGGCUCUUAUACAAACCAACAGCCAGCUUUUUCUGACAUACAGACACACACACACACACACAAGCACACUGAGCGUGCGAGAGAGAGACCCAGCACUUUCCCCACCAUCUGACUAAGAACCCUGCAUACGCAGUGGCUACUGCAGAAAAAGGAUAAAUAAAUACAAAACCGGAGGUGUUAUUAUUUUGACUGUUGGGAGCCUUGCUGUAUCUGGGUUCAAACUUUUUUUUUUUUAAGCUUCAGCUUUCAAUGCUUUUUCCUGCUCACUCAAGGACUCUUUAAAACAAGCAGGGUUUUCUACAAGACCCACAGACCUAGCAGCCAGCCAGAAGAGAAGGCAUCUGAAAGACAGCGGAGCAGCAGCAGCCGCCAGCAGCCGCCCAGAGCCUUUCGUAAGCCUCUGGUUACGUUUCCCAGCGCGAGGCAGCCUGUUUCUCCUCUGAAGUUGGCUCCAGCCUUAGCAGCCGCAUUGGAUCCCACAGCCUACUGCGAGACUCCGGUCUACAAUCCGGAUCUCUGCCCCAACAUGAUCGCGGCCCAGGCGAAGCUGGUCUAUCAUCUGAACAAAUACUACAACGAGAAAUGCCAAGCCAGGAAAGCGGCCAUCGCGAAAACUAUCCGAGAAGUCUGCAAAGUGGUCUCGGACGUGCUGAAGGAAGUGGAAGUGCAGGAGCCGCGCUUCAUCAGCUCGCUGAACGAGAUGGACAACCGCUACGAAGGCCUGGAGGUCAUCUCGCCCACCGAGUUCGAGGUGGUCCUUUAUCUGAACCAGAUGGGCGUCUUCAACUUCGUCGACGACGGCUCUCUGCCGGGCUGCGCCGUGCUGAAACUCAGCGACGGCCGCAAGCGGAGCAUGUCCCUCUGGGUGGAGUUCAUCACGGCCUCGGGCUAUCUGUCGGCCCGCAAAAUCCGCUCGCGCUUUCAGACGCUGGUGGCCCAAGCCGUGGACAAAUGCAGCUACAGAGACGUGGUGAAAAUGGUGGCGGACACCAGCGAGGUGAAACUGCGCAUCCGGGACAGAUACGUGGUCCAGAUCACGCCGGCCUUUAAAUGCACCGGGAUCUGGCCCCGAAGCGCUGCCCACUGGCCUCUGCCGCACAUCCCCUGGCCAGGUCCCAACCGCGUGGCCGAGGUCAAAGCCGAAGGCUUCAACCUCCUGUCCAAGGAGUGCCAUUCGCUGGCCGGCAAGCAGAGCUCGGCCGAGAGCGACGCCUGGGUCUUGCAGUUCGCCGAAGCCGAAAACAGGCUGCAGAUGGGCGGCUGCCGGAAGAAAUGCCUCUCGAUCCUCAAAACACUGCGCGACCGCCACCUGGAGCUGCCCGGACAGCCCCUCAACAAUUACCACAUGAAGACUCUGGUUUCCUACGAGUGCGAGAAACAUCCCCGGGAAUCAGACUGGGACGAGUCUUGCCUGGGCGACCGCCUCAACGGGAUUUUACUGCAGCUCAUCUCCUGCCUCCAGUGCAGGCGAUGUCCGCAUUACUUCUUGCCCAAUUUAGACCUCUUCCAGGGGAAACCUCACUCCGCCCUAGAAAACGCAGCCAAACAAACGUGGCGGUUGGCUAGGGAAAUACUCACUAAUCCCAAAAGUUUGGAAAAACUCUAGAGGGCAAGGAACUGGCGGCCUUAAACUAUUUAAAAUCGCCUUUUGCGUGUGUGUGUGUGCCUGUUUUCGAGGAUUCUGUUAAAGAAAUAGGGAGAGAGCAAAGGAUCUCCCGAAUAUAUACAUAGUGCUAUGUCAAAAGAAGAGGCCGUCCACACACACACACACUGAGCAACACAAAGCCAACAGCAAGUAUUAUGAUCCCUGUUCGCAUCAUGAAUUAAAAACAUUUGAAAAAAUGUAUGGUUAUCACCUGGGAAAAUGCAAUAUCGGCUGUAAUUAAGCCUGAUUGUGACCACUCUGCUUACCAAUGGAUUAUAAAAAGGCCGGCAUUUUUUAUGUAAACCUCAAUGUGAGUAAAAGCUUAUUUGGAUAUGCCAUUAGAGCAACAACUACA